CCCUCCACACGGCGCUGGAAUCUAAACUUAGCACACAGGGACACAGGCUACAUGCACACUCACGCUCCUCCUCACUGAACGGAGGGACUGGUUGACAUGAGAGAAGUGUAGGGACAAACGGAAAUUGUUUUCAGUAUGAAUGAGACGCUGGAGACGGCGUCCAAAUGCCACCACCGUUCUUCGAUUCCUUGUGAUUUUAUAGGGAUAGACUUCAGAGAAAGGUAAGGCUAGGAUAAUCGGUUGGGAUAUUUUAAGCGCUGCGCUCCGUCUUCCAUCCCGGCAUAGCCUAACAGAGCUAGACAAAAAGGUGGAAGAAGAACUUCAGCUGAGAGAAACAGAAGGGGGAGGAGACGUCACUUCGCAACAAAGUUACGAAAACGUGAUUUGAAAUGGUCUGGCCAAGAACUUAAAUGCCAAUUGAUGAGCAACGACAGCGAGGCUGGCGAAGGCGCAAAAGGAAAGGAGUCUCUCCGGAGGAGCGGUUGAUGAACGAGCGUUGGAGAUGUCUCUUUGGAUGAUAUUACCUGUCAGCCUACCAGCCUUAACCAUUACAGGGAUAUGGGUCGUGUAUGCCAUGGCCCUCUACAACCAACACGUGUGCCCAGUGGAGAACUGGAUGUAUAACCAGUCGUGUGAGGAGGAGUUGCCAUUCCAGAGAGGCCCAACUCUCUGCUGCACUCUGGACAAUGUUCCCCUCAUCAGCAAAUGUGGAACCCUACCUCCUGAGAGUUGCUUCUUCAGUCUCAUCUGCAGUACCGGCUCUUUCAUGGUGAUGGUGAUUGUACUCAUGCGCUAUGCUCACGUGAUUGAGAAGCACCAGAACUGUGUUCUGAACACGGCCAGUCUCUCCACUGGCUGGAUCUGUGCAGCUGGACUCAUCAUCGUUGGCAACUUCCAGGUGGACAACGCUAAAGUGCUUCACUACGUGGGCGCAGGAGUGGCCUUCCCCACCAGCAUGCUGUUUGUGUGCCUGCAGUCGGCGCUCACCUACCGGCUGGCCAAGACGCAGGGCGAGUACAGCGUGGGCCACCUGCGCCUGGUCAUGAGUCUGGUGGCCUUGAUCUCCCUCGUGCUCAGUGGCGUGUUCUUCGUCCAGGAGAGCUAUGCGCUGCAGCACGCCUCGGCCAUCUUCGAGUGGGUCUUCUGUGUCAUCAUCAUGCUCUUCUACGGCACAUUCGCCUUCGAGUUCGCCGGCGUGUCCGGCAACACCGUCAUGGUCCUGGCACGCGGCGGAGCCUUGGGGCCCAGAGGGCGGGAGCACAAGAUGGAGAACCACCAACCAGAGAGCAUGUCCGUGCUGUAGCCGUGGAGACGGAGGCCACCGGGCUGGCCCUCGACCAAUCACAGUGAGGCUAGGAGAGGUGGCAUUUCCCCGGGGAGGGGGAGGAGAGCGUCAUCAGCAGCAGCAGGCCAGUAGCCGUUCCUCUCACCGUCCACCUCUCCCCCCGAGUCUUGUCGGAAAUUCUCGCCAAAGAACUCUCCGCAGAACUUUGCACACGGCUGAGAGACCAAAGACUAUUUUUGCUCUUGUUUUUUGUCUUCUGGUUAUUUUUAGUUUUGUUUUCUGCUCUCAGUCCCUCUGGAGGUGUGGAGACCCACGGGACUCAGUGUUGCUGGAAGACAGCCACAGGUACAGAGGCUUCACAUGACCCUCACAUGACCCUCAGAGCUGUCACUGGGCUGCAGGCUGCUGGAAGGCUCUGCAGUUGGAAGGGAAACACAUAUAUACAUACAUACAUACGUACGUACAUACAUACAUACAUACAUACAUACAUA